AAAAGACUGAGAAGAUGAUGAUGAAUAUAAAAAGGAAGCACAAGUUGAAUCAGAAAUUCAUUCAUUUGAUUACAGUUCAACUAAUAACAUCUCAUCAGAAAACAAAUAAGUUAAUUUAAUUUACCUAAUCAACUAAUAAGAAAAAGGAUCUAAAUUAUGUCUCUUUCCAGUCGUAAAACGGGCUUAUCGCUCGCUUUCUUAGUUCUAGUUGUACUCCAAUUGGUUCUUGUUAACUAUUACGUUACACAAGUUGAAGGAAGUCGACGAAAACUCCUCAAGAUCAAGAAACUCGCUGCUUUGGCCCUUCUCUUGAAACACUCAAAGAAAAAGAAGUUCGGAGUCUUACCUGUCCCAAUCCCCAUUCCUUUACCUCUUGAAUUGGAAGCUAAAUCAUGGCCAAAACAAUCAUGGCCCGCACCAUCUUGGCCCGCACCUUCAUGGCCCACUGUUUCAUCAUGGGAACCAUCAUGGGGAGGAGAUAAUUGGGGAGCCGCCGCUUCUUCAUACUCAUCUGGUGCCUCAUAUGGAGCUGGAGCCGCUUCUUAUGGUGGUGAUGAUUAUUCAGCUGCCGCUGGUGGUUAUGGUGCUUCUUCAGGAUGGUAAAUUAAUCCACAAACAAACAAUUAGCCAUCAUUAACAUCAACUAAUCACACUCACAUCCACAAUCAACAAACACACACAAACACAACUUCAUCAACACGCAUCACCAAACUCCCAAUGAUGAUUGACUUCCACUCUCUCUCUCUCUCUCUUUCACUUUCCUAUCAUCUUCUUCAUCAUCUUCCAUUGUAUCAUAUUUGUCCCGUACGGUAAUUGUGUAAAAGAAAAACUAUCAUCAAAUUUGAUUAGAUGCUAAUUGUUAUCAAUCAACUGUCAAGGUAUUCAAGUUAAUACAAACGAAAUGAAAAGUUUAUCCAACUUUCAUUUCGUUUAUCACCUUAACUAUAAAUCUCCUUGCUGGAAAAACAGUUAAUUGUUAAUCAAUCGCUAAUCUUAAUUGUUGAGAAAUUUCUUAAUUUUGUCCUCUGUCACCCACCGUCUGUCCCCUUUAUAUGUUGUUCAGUCUUCCUCUUCCUCCGUCAUCAUCAUCCUCAUCAUCCACACACCAACACAUCAACUCCUUUUUUGCCAUAACUUUUUCAUCAUAAUAUUAUAAUAAUUUUAUUAAUAAUAUAAUAUUUACAAAUCUAA